AUGUGCCGAGGACUGGACUCACUGCCCCUCACCUGCCUCGAAAGGGCAAAAGAGCUCAAGGCGUUGUUUGGAAGUUUCCUACAAAAGACCGACCACUGUGUUUCAGGGCAGUGCAAAAAGAGCAACAAACUGAGGUUGAACUUAGACGAGCCUCUGACGUGGAGAGAGUCGUUUGACAAGCUUUUAUCCAGCCAAAAUGGUCUCUGCCUGUACAGAGCUUUCCUUGUGUCUGAAUUCAGUGAGGAAAAUAUUGCUUUCUAUUUGGCGUGUGAGGACUACAAGAGCUCAAAACCCUCCAAAAUGUCUGCAAAAGCCAAGAAGAUCUACGACGAGUUCAUUCGAUCGGACGCACCGAGAGAGGUAAAUCUCGACCACGCGACCAAAGACCUCACCAGAGCAAACAUGGAGAACCCCACGGCCUCCUGUUUCGACCUGGCCCAAUCCAAAAUCUACACUCUGAUGGAGAAGGACUGCUAUCCACGCUUCCUCAAAUCCUCAACAUAUCUGGAGCUAAGCAGAAAACCAAAACGGGCUGAACAACGAUUGUGA